UCCCUGCCGGCUGCGGCGGUGUCGGCUGUGCAGGGGAGGGGACGGGGGCGGGCCAGCGCGAAGAUGGAGGCGGUGGCACGGUGCUGGAGGAGAAGACGGCGGGCCAUGGAGGGCGAGGCUGACUGGGACGCGGGAAGCCAGGCGUUUCUGGAUUGCCUGAAGGUGCAGGUUCCCCACACUCCGUCCAGCCCUCAGCUCUCAGGGGCGGCGCCGUGCAAGGGCAGCCCGCAGACGAAAUCCAUCCCGUGCAGUGCCGCGAGCCACGCUCCAGCCAAGGGACGUGACCUCCUCCCCGCCCAGGACGACCUUAGAGCUUAUGCUUACGAGGGUGACGGCUCCUCUGCGGGCUCCUUAUCAUCAGCCUUGUCGGGUCUGCGGGAGGAACAAGCUGACGAAGGGGACAAGUCUAUAGCUCCUGGUUUCCUCGAGGUGAUGGACUUGCUGAGAAACCUUCCAGAGGCGAUCAGGUCACCUCUGCUACUCUCUAAAGUCCCCAUCACCACUACCUUCACUACAACCAUCUCCACCAUCAUUACCACCGCCACCACCAUCACCACCACCACUGCCACCACCAAUACCUUAGGCCAGAGCGGAAGCAAAGUCACGCCAGAGGAGCAGCCACUGGAACAAAAGCCAAGUAAACAAGAGCCUCCCACAGCAGGAGGGGGUGGGGGCGGUGUACACCAUAGCGGGCAGGACGGCAGUGAGGGGAGUGACACAUAGUCCCGGCCAGAAGGGAACCUCGCCACUCCGCCGGCGAGACGAAAAGAAAACUGUGUGUUGAAACUGAAAUGUGGUUAUGUUGUCACAUGAACGGAAAACAAGCAAAAAGAUAAGCGAUACAUCCACCCACACACUUCCCUAAACACACACACACACACACACACACACACACACACACACACACACACACACACACACACACACACAAAUGAAAUCGUCACCGCAAGUGAAAAGUGACGCUUCAAUCCGUGAGGUGACUGAGGGAAGUGUGUCGAGCUGAACAACAAGCAUUACGUUCACCCCUCGCCUACUACAGGGACGCGACUGUGAUGAUGUGGUUGUGGUGAAAUACAAAAUUGCACUAUGGACCAAGAAUCAUAUAUUUUUCUCAUUAAAUACUCUCUCUCUCUCUCUCUCUC